CCAGUUCAGAUGUUGCUGUUUCAUCAAGCUGCAGGUCUAUGGAAAUGCAGGAUCUAGCCAGCCCACAUAGACGACUCAGUGGUAGUAGUGAAUCCCCCAGUGGUCCAAAACUUGAUAACUCCCAUAUAAAUAAUAAUUCCAUGACACCCAAUGGCACAGAAGUUAAAACAGAACCAAUGAACAGCAGUGAGAUUGCUACUACUACCACCACAGACGGGUCUUUAGACAAUUUCUCAGGAUCAGCAAUUGGAAGCAGUGGUUUCAGCCCAAGACAAACACACCAGUUCUCCCCACCACAGAUUUACCCUUCCAACAGACCAUACCCACAUAUUCUUCCUACCCCUUCUUCACAAACGAUGGCUGCAUAUGGGCAGACACAGUUUACAACAGGGAUGCAACAAGCUACAGCUUAUGCCACUUACCCCCAGCCAGGCCAGCCCUAUGGAAUCCCUUCAUAUGGUGCAUUGUGGGCAGGCAUCAAGACAGAAGGUGGAUUGGCACAGUCACAGUCACCUGGACAGACAGGAUUUCUAAGCUACGGUGCCAGUUUUAGCACACCUCAACCUGGACAGGCUCCCUAUAGCUACCAAAUGCAAGGCAGCAGUUUUACAACAUCAUCAGGAAUAUAUGCAGGAAAUAAUUCACUCACAAAUUCUACUGGAUUUAAUAGUUCACAGCAGGAAUAUCCCUCUUAUCCCAGUUUUGGCCAGGGCCAAUAUGCACAGUAUUAUAAUAGCUCACCAUAUCCUUCACAUUACAUGACAAACAGUAACACCAGCCCAACAACACCCUCCACAAAUGCAACAUACCAGCUUCAAGAACCACCAUCUGGCAUCACCAGUCAAGCGGUUACAGAUCCUGCAGCAGCAGAAUAUAGUACAAUCCACAGUCCAUCAACGCCCAUUAAGGAUUCAGAUUCAGAUAGAUUGCGUCGUAGUUCAGAUGGGAAAUCACGUGGCCGUGGCAGAAGAAACAAUAAUCCUUCACCACCACCUGACUCUGAUCUAGAGAGAGUAUUCAUUUGGGAUUUGGAUGAGACAAUCAUCAUUUUCCAUUCCUUGCUUACAGGGUCCUACGCUAACAGAUAUGGAAGGGAUCCACCCACUUCUGUGUCUCUUGGACUCCGAAUGGAAGAGAUGAUUUUCAAUUUGGCGGACACUCAUCUAUUCUUUAAUGAUUUAGAAGAAUGUGACCAGGUUCACAUUGAUGAUGUGUCUUCAGACGACAACGGUCAAGAUCUAAGCACCUACAACUUUGGAACAGAUGGCUUUCCUGCAGCUGCCACAAGUGCAAAUUUGUGCCUUGCAACAGGGGUGCGCGGAGGAGUGGACUGGAUGCGAAAAUUGGCUUUCCGCUACAGACGAGUAAAAGAAAUAUAUAAUACCUACAAAAAUAAUGUCGGAGGUCUUCUUGGUCCAGCAAAAAGAGAAGCUUGGUUACAACUAAGAGCAGAAAUUGAAGCUUUGACGGAUUCUUGGUUAACACUUGCAUUGAAAGCACUCACCCUUAUUCAUUCUAGGACAAACUGUGUGAACAUUCUUGUGACAACUACUCAGCUAAUUCCAGCUCUGGCAAAAGUCUUGUUAUAUGGACUAGGGGUUGUAUUUCCCAUAGAGAAUAUUUACAGUGCAACUAAAAUAGGAAAGGAAAGUUGUUUUGAGCGAAUAAUCCAAAGAUUUGGAAGAAAAGUAGUGUAUGUUGUUAUAGGGGAUGGUGUCGAAGAAGAACAAGGUGCAAAAAAGCAUGCUAUGCCAUUUUGGAGGAUCUCGAGCCACUCUGACCUUAUGGCCCUUCACCAUGCCUUGGAACUGGAGUACUUGUAGCAGCUCAGCAGCACUUUCAAACCUCAGAGCCUCCUGCCCAUGGAUGGGAUGCCUGUGUCUUGUGUCAGCAUUGGACUGCAGAACUUUGUGAUUUCAACAUGUUGACAUACAGCUGCAAUUGGUCUUAACCCUUGCCCUUUCAGUAAAUGGAGGAGCAUGUCUUUUUCUUCAGAACAGCUGUUGACUCUGGUACUGCGAGUCCAAAGAAAAUAAGCCAUGUGAGUGUCUGAACAACUCAUCUUUACCGUAUUUGCUACCAAAAAGAAAUAGAGAAGGAAAGAAAAAAAAGAAAAUAAAAAAAGAAAGGAAAUAAAAGGUUCAUACCUGUGAAGAAAAAAAAAAAAA